CGUAGCUACACCGCGCUUAACAAUUACCGUCUUGACUUCAAGACUAAAGUACCACGAACGCAGGGGGAAGAGGUCAAUGCUUUGUGUAGCUGCACCAAAAUGCACAUUGUACAGUCAAGGAUGAGAUGGCACAACCAAAAGAACAAAAACAAUCAACGUCAAGUUGGAAAUGGCGCGGUUUGCGUUACAUCAUUCCUUUUGUAAUCUGCAUCGAGAAUUUCCUUGUGUUUGGAUUAUUGUAUAACUACAGCAUCUUAUUCUUGAGUUUCCAGGAGGAGUUUGGUACUGGCGCUGCAUUCACUGGUUGGUUGGGAUCUUUAGCGAACUCCUUGACAUGUUUGGCGAGCCCUCUGACAAGUUCACUCCUUCAACGGACUGGCAGUCGAGUUGUGCUUGUCGUUGGUCAUGCAUUCAUGUUCACAGGUGUGAUGCUGACCUCUGUAAUUCCAAACCUCGCGUACGGGAUAUUGACCUUCGGAAUCCUGACCGGGGUUGGAGCCAACUUCAUCAUGUAUACUUCGUUUGUCCUUCUGCUGGUGUGGUUUAAGGAUAGCAACUACUGCAGGGCAAACGGUAUAGCUGUUCUUGGAUCCACGUUGGGUUUGUUGGCUUUCAGUCCCCUGCUCACAGUCUGCAUAUCAAGAUACGGAUGGCGAAAUGCUUUGAGAAUUAUAUCUGGUGUGAUCCUGGUGUUUGGUGUAGCUUUUGGGUUGGUUCUAGUUGACCCACCGACAAAUGAAAAGGAAACAUGUAUUAAAAACGAUGAAGCGCAUCUUGGAGAUGAUAUACCAGAGGUUGUUCCUUUGACCGAAGAUGGCGUGGACAUCGGUAACAAUCUCCAAGUAACGAUAGAUAGAACUCCUGAGAAUCAGAGCUUGUGUGAAGAACUUAAAGAACAUCAUGAAGACUUGACUCGACAGAAACAACAGAAGAAAUGUUGCUUCUCAUCAGACCACUACGAGUUGCUCGAUAUGAUGAAGAGUUUUGAACCCUGGGUUUGGAGCAUAGGACUCAUACUUUCUCUAAUGGGAUGGACAUUUUUCACCAUUAACUUUGCCAGUUUUAUGGAUGGGCGUGGUCUGAACAGAGAUCAGAUAUCCCUCGUCAUUAUGCUCUUCGCUGUUGGGGAAAUCGUUGGCAAAGUUUCGAUUGCUGCCAUUGGGGACAAUCUUCCAUUCCAGCGUAUUUACGUCGUUGUUGCGUCCAUGCUUCUCGGUACAGCUGCGUUGUCUUUCAUGGCGUUUGUUUAUACGUUGGAGCAGAUGAUAGCAUUAGCAGUGGCUUUCGGGUUCAUACGGUCGGGCCUGUACGGUCUGUCGAAUGCUGCCACUGUAGAGCUCUUUGCCGAUACGUACACCACCAACGGUGUAGUGAUCAUGUCAAUGGUUCCUUAUGGUGUGGGAAUUUUACUCGGUGCUCCGUUGUCCGGAGGAUUGUAUGACAUCACAGGUGACUACAUUCUCAGUCUUGUAGUCAUCGGCGCCAUCUUUGUUUGCUGUUCAAUGUUAUAUCUGGCCAUACCAAUACGAAGGCGGCUACGAGCGCGUGGUGUGUGCUGUAAACCAACGACAACCCCUGUUCGGUUAUGAAAUGUAAUUAUUUAUUAGCAAAGAUCGACCAUCAGAAGUCAUGUGUGCUGAAAAUUCAGGACUGCAAAAUAUUAACACAUAAAUUACGCCAGGAAAGCAAACCUUGUAAUGUCUACUUACAUGCGGAGACGUCCCGUUUUCAUAAAGGUGUUUAAAACACAUUUCUUUGGUAAGCACAAAAUGAGGGGCACCAGUCACACCAGUGUAAACUUGAAGGGCUUUCGGCUGGUAACCAAUUUAUGUUAAGUAAAAUUGUCUGUGUUAUUCAAGCUUUUAACUGUGUGUAUGUUGUUGUUUUUGUGGGGGGGGGGGGCUCUGCUGUUUUACCUUGCUCUCGGUCUCCAAAUGCGAACAAAGGCACUGAGUGUAUGCUUGUCCACAAACAAUCCAAACCCCCAAAUAAUUCCGCACAGUCUUAUUUAGACUAAAGGAUGGUAAAGUCAGUGCUGUAAUUUGUCUUCCAUAUUCCAUUUUUUGAUCUUCUCAUUACCAAAGAAUGUCUUUUUACAAACAUGAUGCCCGUGUAUUCUGUCAACACUCCACAAAAAUAUGUCUCUGAAGUUAACUCAUCCAUCAACAAAGAACACAGUCUUCCAUAAAUUUCCUUCGAAUAUUCCGCAGGGAAAGUCAGCAAUAAUUAUUUGAAUUCACGGGUGGUUUUAUAUUAUUAUUAUUAUUUUUGUAAAACCGCAACUUUUCUGUAAAUGAAAACUUUUGAAGUUUUUGGCUUUUGAGGGGUUGUUGAUACAAUUUUUUAGUAUUGUGUGCUCAGAGGCUGUUAUCAUUAUUCCUCACAAUGCCGUGUGCUUGAAUUUUUUAGGGCAUUAAAGUAGCUCAUAUAAUAAAAAUUAUCUGUAAACAUUGUUUAACGACAUUGCUGUUAAUUUGUAUGUGAAAUAUUUGUAUAAAUUUGUAUGUGAAUAAUAUACGUCUUUUUGUAAUUAUUUGUAAAUAAUCAGAGUUAAUUUGUAAUAAACAUGAAUAAUGUAUGAGACUAAACGUUUUGUUCCGUCCUAGCUUAUAAGGUUUAGAAGGUUUGCUUUGUUUUUCUAUAGUCCUAUUUCGUUCAUAUUAUUAUAACUUAAGAUCUGGUAAGAUGUCCACUUAUUGUUGUAUGAAAAUCAUUUCGGUACAAGACUUUGAGAAUCGGCCUCCAUUAUUUGCCUCUAUUCAAUUGUGUCUCACAUGAUUAUUCGAGUACUUCGGUAAUAUCUUUGUUCAGUAGACCUUCUUUAUAAUUCUUGUAC